AUGAGAUGUUUUAUGGAAGAUGAACAAAAAUAUUUACAUAUCAAUACAGGUAACUGUAAGUGCAAACGACUAGAAAAUGAGACUGGUUACCUGCAAACAUGGAGAACGUCAUCAUUGCAUGACAUCACGUUCACAUCCAGGCUAGUCUUGAAAUUAUAUGGAGGUGAAUGCCUAGAUGCUGCAAUUGAAUGCCUUGGUGCAGGUGAAUGCCUAGAUGCUGCAAUUGAAUGCCUUGGUGUAGGUGAAUGCCUAGAUGCUGCAAUUGAAUGCCUUGGUGCAGGUGAAUGCCUAGAUGCUGCAAUUGAAUGCCUUGGUGCAGGUGGUUGCCAAGGUGCUGCAAUUGAAUGCCUUGGUGCAGGUGGUUGCCGAGGUGCAGGUGGUUGCCGAGGUGCUGCAAUUGAAUGCCUUGGUGCAGGUGAUUGCCUAGAUGCUGCAAUUGAAUGCCUUGGUGCAGGUGAUUGCCUAGAUGCUGCAAUUGAAUGCCUUGGUGUAGGUGAUUGCCGAGGUGCUGCAAUUGAAUGCCUUGGUGCAGGUGAUUGCCGAGGUGCUGCAAUUGAAUGCCUUGGUGCAGGUGAUUGCCUAGAUGCUGCAACUGAAUGCCUUGGUGCAGGUGAUUGCCUAGAUGCUGCAAUUGAAUGCCUUGGUGCAGGUGGUUGCCGAGGUGCUGCAAUUGAAUGCCUUGGUGCAGGUGAUUGCCUAGAUGAUGCAAUUGUAUGCCUAGGUGCAGGUGGUUGCCGAGGUGCUGCAAUUGAAUGCCUUGGUGCAGUGAUUGCCUAG